AUGGAAGCUGAAACUAGCGCUACUACUGUAGAGAAUAAUGCUGAAAGUAGUGAGAAUAAUGUUCAUGACUUGAGUUUUUUUGAAGAAAAAGAAGAGGAAGAAGAUGACAUUAUUUUGAAGAAGAGUAUCUCGAGUCACCAUUUGUUUGGAGUUUUGAUUCAAACCCACUUGAGCUGCUUCAAGGUGGGUUUAGGUGAACUUGGGGAGUUUGGCACAACAAAUGCAGCAAACGCCAAACCUACUUCUACUGACAAACCAUCCCUUCCAACCUCUUCUGAACUUGAUCGUUUUAUGGAAGCAUACUGCAUUACCCUUGGGAAGCUGAAAGAAGCCAUGGAGGCACCACUGCAAGAGAUAACAUGUUUCAUUGAUGCAAUGUACAUUCAACUGAAGGAGCUCUGCGAAACCCACACCAUUAAUAAUCCACAACCCAACCCUCCAACUUCUUAG